AAUAUUCUCAUAUAUUCCCUUUCUCUGUUCCCUGUUCUGUCAUACUUUACACCAUGGACAGAAUGAUGUUAAGAAGAGGGGAGGGUGGGAAGGGAACAAUGUGGUAAUUAUUUAAUUAAUUAAUUAUAACUAAGAAACGACAGCGUGUCAAGUUAGUUGCACAUACUAGCAAGCAGUACGAGAAAAAGAAGACUCCCAGAGGGAAGAGAGAGAGAGAGAGAUGGUAAGAGGAGAAGUACUAAGCGCGUACAGGGCUCUGUUAAGAGCGACCCGGAAAUCAUUCGCGGGCGACACCUUGAUGCUGAACGCCUCCGCCGCCGAGGUCCGUAAGAAAUUCAACGAGAAUCGUCGCGUGACCUCCGAGCCAGAGAUCCAGAGACUCCUGGAUGAAGCACGUGAGGCCUCCCAUUUCAUUUCCACCAUGAUCGUUCAAGCCAAGCUCAACGACCGCGGCGGCUAUGAGGUGAAGACGAGUAAGGAGCAUGCAGGAGCUACACUGGAGAUCCCAUCCGAAGAGAUCAUCAGAAAAUCUGCAUGAAAGUGAAAGACUAACCUGUCUGGUAAAGGGUAGAUUUCACCCCCUGGGCUUUUCUGUUUUGGUUACUUGGUGGAAGAUUUUUCUGUUUGUUUAAGUCAUCAAUCAUCCAUCCGAGCAAACCAUUUUGAUUGGUUGCUCAAAAUUUUAGUGAAAGUGAAACAAUUGUGAGAAUUCUUGCCUUGGUUUUUGAGGGUUUGUCUCAUUAAUAAGUUUCAGUCUUGUACCACGAGACUUACAAGUUACAAAGCAUUGGCUGAACGACACAAUUACAUGAAAUCGCCACAGGGAAACAUGAAUUUGUUCUCUACUUGUUUAUUAUUACUUA